UGGUGUCUGUUACAGUGCUGGAGACAAGGGUAUAAAUGCGGGGAGAAGGCACACUUGGCCAAAGCUACAGUAUCUGCCUCAUCUGUUGUAGAACGCAGCAGCACAAAGAUAUCUAAAAAUGGCCUUCGCUGGAAUUCUUAAGGACGAGGAUGUGGCUGCAGCCAUCAAGGCCUGCUCUGCUCCCGACAGCUUCAACUACAAGAGCUUCUUUGCCACAGUUGGCCUGUCAGCAAAAUCUGCUGAUGAUGUUAAGAAGGCAUUCUUCGUAAUUGACCAGGACAAGAGCGGCUUUAUUGAGGAGGAUGAGCUGAAACUGUUCCUGCAGAACUUCUCUGCUGGUGCCAGGGCUCUGACUGAUGCUGAGACCAAGGUCUUCCUUGCAGCUGGUGACAGUGAUGGUGAUGGCAAAAUUGGAGUUGACGAGUUUGCUGCCCUUGUGAAGGCUUAAGUGCUCUCGGACUCCAUUUCUUGUUUUCUUUUUUGGAAAUAGGUCUCUAUACUUUUGUAGUGCUCCUGGCUCCAAUAUUUAAUUUUUUUUUUAUACAUGUAUUUAUUUUUGACAACUGUGGACUCCUCACUGCAAGAAAAAAAAUGUCUUAAAGCCAAAAUGUCUUAAAACCAUGUUGCUUAUUUAUUGCUUGUUAGGUAUGUAUUUAUGCAAAGAGCCUAACCUGUGCAAAUAUAAAAUGCAUUUUGCACUUUUGACAAUGAAAUAAAUUUGCAUUUGGUGUACAAUUUUA